AUGCCGGAACUCGCAUGCUGCCGAAAGCCGGGGGCCAAUUCGCCAAUGCCGUCGGGGCUUGGGCAGGUCAUCUCUGUCAUUCUACACAACGCAAGACGUGUGACGAUUUUCUUUCUUGACCUCGCUAUUCCCGUAGGACUGGCAACGACCCCAGUGGCAGGCAAAGUUCCAGUGGCAGGCAAAGUGGAUAAUGCAGAGAAGCGUGGACCACGAGUCGUCCUCAAUUAA